AAAAAAAAAAACUACACCCCUCCCUCUCUUACCCGAGGGGAGUGUGUGAGAGAGUGUGUAACAGAAUAGAGAACGAGUCUGAAGAAACGAGGCAAAGUUCGCCAAGCAACUCCGUGGAUCUUGUGUUUGUCCCUGUCGCCCUUUCUCAAACUUGACGCAGAACGGAUCAGUACGCGCGACGGACGCCAGUGUGAGGAGUUCACGCGCAGGAGGAGAGCAUGAGGACUGGAUCUGUGAACAGAUUGUGUGCGUUUUGGUGUUGUGUAUUGACUCUGCUGCCCUUAACAACAGCCGAUGAAGCAGAAAAGCCGGCGCCAGGACGUCAGUCUCGUCAGGCAGAGGAGGAGAGGCUUGAAGGGGUGUGGGGUCCAUGGAGCGAGUGGGAGGAGUGUUCUCAGAGCUGUGGAGUGGGCGUGUCUGAGAGGAGGAGACAGUGUGUGCCGCCUCCCCAAACCCCGCCUCUUGUGUGGAACAGACAAGCGUAUCUUCCACCGGGUGUCCCGAAUAACACUCCUGUGAUCUCUGCAGUCAGACCCUACUACAACUCCUUGUAUCCCAUCAACGAGCCACCUCCAUAUGGAGCAGGGGGCGCUGAGAUGCCUCCGUUCUUUUCCCCACCUCUCCCAGCCAAUCAGAAUCCUGGGAUACCGCUCUACCGAAAUGAAGCCGGCGGCGCUGGGCCAGUGCAGUUCAGCCCUCCCAAUCAGGAGCCGGUUUCAGUCUACCGAUCACCUUCCUCGUCCUCUUCUCUUCCCUACGGGAGAGUUCCCGGACGGUCGCCCAGUCACGGAAGAGCUGUAGGCAGUGGGAGCAGGAGGUCAGUUUCCACCAAUAGGGAUCCAGCGUCUGUAAGAAGGUCUAGCUCAUCUAUUCGCCCUGGACAGUUUGGGUACGGCAGAGUGCCAUUCUCUCUUCCUCUACACAGACAAAAUCGACAUGCGCGCCAUACGCAUCACCACAACACCACCACCGCAGAAAGUCUCGACGCUCUCAGUGUGAACUCCAGCUCACAUGUGGACAAAACUCAGGGAGAAGUAGAAAAAGUUAUUACAGAUGUGGCCAACGUUAACAGAGAACGAAAAGAGAAAGACCAGGCUGAAAAGGAGACGGAGGCGGUUUCCACGACAGCAGAAGUGGAGAGUGCAGCCGAUGGAGAGCCCCACAGACGAGCAGAGAGAGUCCGGGAACGCAAUCGAAUCGCUCAUUCACGGCCCGUGUCCCAGAGGCACGUGGCCCGUGACAGACGCAUCGACGGCCGCGCUUCUCGCCAAGUCCCACACUCCUACACACACACUAUCCACCGAGCGCACACUCCCAGAGACCCUCCUCCCUACGGCGUCCAGACACCCGCAAACCCAAACCCUGAGCCCUGGGUCCUACAAAACGCUGCCCAGCCCUCCAGAAACGAAGCCGAGAGGGACUGGAGGCCUCCAGCAUCGGCCCGCAACUACAGAUGCGCUGGCGGGGACAGAGAGUAUCGCAGGUGCAGUCUACAGGCAUGUCCAGGUGCUCCAGUAGACUCCAGGGCUGAGCAGUGUGCAGCGUUCAACAGUCAAGAGUUUAUGGGACGCGUGUAUGACUGGGAGCCUUUCACAGAAGUGGGUCUAGAGCAGCAGUGCGAGUUGACCUGUCGGCCGGUCGGGUACCGUUUCUACGUGCGGCAGGCGGAGAGGGUACGAGAUGGAACGCCAUGCGCAAACAACACACCCAAUGAUGUGUGUGUGGGAGGACGCUGUCUGAGUGAGGGCUGUGACGGUGUGUUGGGCUCAGGGUUGGUUCGGGAUCGCUGUGGUGUGUGUGGCGGUGGAGACGGCACCUGCGAGAGGAUCACGGGAAGUUUCCUGAACACCAGCUUUCCUCUGGGUUACCACAAAAUCUUGGAUAUCCCUCCCGGAGCCACAGCUAUCAACAUCACGGAGAGACGAGCCAGUCCAAACUAUCUGGCCCUGCGCAGUGGAACGGGUCAGUCUGUGGUGAACGGACGCUGGGCGGUCGACCCGCCGGGAGAGUAUCAGACAGGAGGAACCACCUUCCUCUACAGCCGACCCAAAGCUGGCCCACACGAGCAGGGAGAGGAGAGAGGAGAGACCCUCACAGCGCCUGGACCCACAACUGCCCAGCUGCAGCUAUACAUUAUUUUCCACAGGCAGAAUCCAGGCAUAGACUAUGAAUAUUACAUCCCAGUGGAGAAACAGAGGGACGGAGAGAGAGAAGUACACAGAGAGAGGGAGCGAGGGCGGGCAGCUCUCCGAGAAAUCAGUUCUGUCUCAGUGGCAGUCGAGAACCCUGUUGCUCCUCCUCCUGUGUUGUCUUCUGCCUCCUCGCCUCCAUUUUCCUCCUCAUCUUCCUCUGCAUCUGAUCGAUGGCCACCAGAGAGGCUCCGCCCACAGGGCUCAGGACCCAAUCGUAACGCUCGGAUCCCUCCAAGAACGGACCUCCCACUGGACAAUCAGCCUGCAUUCAUGUGGCAAAGAGGCGCGCUGACAGAAUGCACUGCUACCUGUGGCAAAGGCUCUCAGUACAGAGAGAUUGUGUGUGUGAAUAGACACACAGAACAGGAAGUCCAUGAGAGGAGGUGCGACUCUGCAACCAAACCCGUGGCAGAGGAGGAGCCCUGUAAUGUUCAUCCUUGUCCACCAUUCUGGGAUACAGGUGUGUGGUCGGAGUGCAGUGUUUCCUGCGGUCGGGGUGUGCAGCAGCGCCACAUACAGUGCAGGCUGAGUUUUGGGAACCUUUCAACGAUGGUUCAGCCUCAGCGCUGCUCCAGUCUCUCGCGCCCCAAUGCCACUCAGCCCUGCCACCCGCGCAUGUGCUCCCACUGGGAGAUCAGCACCAACUGGAGCACGUGUUCAGUGGAUUGUGGAGUGGGAAAGAGAACCAGGAGUGUACGCUGUGUCAGUAACCAUGGUAGCACUAUGAGUGACAGGGAGUGCAAUGACAGGCUCCGCCCACAGCGCACCGAGGACUGUCACAUGGGUCCUUGUGUCACUAAUUGGUACUUCACGGAUUGGACAAACACUUGUUCUGCGACGUGCGGGCCGGGUGUCCAGCGGAGAGAGGUGGUGUGUUUGACCGGUGGAGGCAGGAGAGAAAGAGACGGUGGAGUGGAAUGUGUGGCAGAGAAACCGGCUGAUAUGAAGGCCUGUAACGGGGGUCCCUGUACACCCACCCACCUGUGGUACACUGGACCCUGGGGACAGUGUAACGCAGUGUGUGGGAACGGCACCCAGCGCAGGGACGUCAUCUGUGUGAAGAAGACAGGAAGUGACUUCACCGUGAGCGGCACCAGUGAGUGCUCCCACCUGGAGAAACCGUUCCCAGUGCAGUCGUGUGAACUGGAGCCCUGCAAACCACAGUGGUUCACCACCGAAUGGAGCACGUGCUCUCGCUCCUGUGGUGAAGGGGUGCAGACGCGGGAGGUACGGUGUCUCACAGCAGACAAACAGUACAGUGCAGUCUGCGAUCUCCACACCAAACCUGCGCAUGAGCAGACCUGUAACACCAUUCCCUGCAGUCCCUUUGAAGAUGAGAACUGUAAAGACAGACAACAUAACUGUGUAAUGGUGGUCCAGGCUCGACUCUGCGUCUACAGCUUUUACAAGACCGCCUGCUGUGCGUCCUGUGCCCAGAGUGCUCAGCGGGCCAAAAGACAUUAACCCUAGACGAGUCACAGAGAUUCACUACGAGCCAACCAGAGCCCAAACUCAGCCAAUCAGUGAUCGCAUUAUAGUUCAAUCACCGGAGACAGCCAAUCAGAGGCCAGACACGUUCAAAUGGAAUCCCACCUUGAACUGAGCUGAGAUCAGGAUCCCUUUAAAGUGAAAGUUUUCAAAUGUUACCACAUAUGGGCUCAAAUAAUUGACAGUUGCUCUUUCCCUAUUGCUGAAGAGUCCGCGGCAGCGCUAGGACUGUUUAGUACACGAUACUGUCAAAUACUUAACCAUUCCUUAAUGUUGUUUAAACAAGUGCACUGAUGUCACAAGUCCUCGUUAUGGACAUAUAUAUGAAGAUAGUGUUAAGUGAGAACAGUUCUAGAAGUUGCUUUUGUGCUACAUGAAGUGUUUCAUAGCUGUUUCUUUUAAUUUCAAGUCAAUCAGGAUAUCUG